UUUUGCUCGAUCCGCCCAGAGAGAAGGAACAAGAUGGCCGACUAGGAAGCAGCGCUAUCUCUGCUAUUUCCACGUCGGGAUCGGGAUUUCCUUUACAUUACAUAUAUUCACGGCAGAAACAGGAACGGGACGUUUGAACUACUUCGCUCCACGUCCACAAUGGCAGAACCAAACAGCAACGUCAGGUAUCAAGAGCUGGUGAAUGAGGAGGAACCGGCCCAGCCUUCCCAGGAGGGUCCUGCCCAGGAUGCACCACCCCCCUACAGCAGCGUUGCUGCAGCAAAUGCAGCUUUCUUCGAAUACAAGGAAGACGGAGGAAGGUUUCCCAACCCUCCGUCCUACAGCGUCGCCACCACUUUGCCCUCCUACGAUGAGGCCGAGAGAAGCAAAGCAGAAGCUGCCGUCCCCCUGGUCACUGGAAGAGUCACGGAGGAGGACUUUGUGGCCAGAGACGACUUUGAAGAUGCUGACCAGCUGCGAAUAGGAAAUGACGGCAUCUUCAUGCUGACUUUCUUCAUGGCAUUCCUCUUCAACUGGAUUGGCUUCUUCCUGUCGUUCUGUUUGACGACAUCGGCCGCCGGUCGAUAUGGGGCCAUCUCGGGCUUCGGUCUGUCCCUCAUCAAAUGGGUUCUCAUUGUCAGGUUUUCCACCUAUUUCCCUGGUUACUUUGAUGGACAGUACUGGUUGUGGUGGGUGUUCCUGGCCCUGGGCUUCAUGCUGUUUAUCAGAGGCUUUGUCAACUACUCCAGAGUGCGUAAAUUGGCUGAUCCCACCUACGCCACUCUUCCCCGAACAAGGGUACUCUUCAUCUAUUAGAGGAUGUGGAAGUUUUGGAUACGAAGAGGAAGAAGAAGAGUUUCCAAUGAAAAGACAGUCCAUCUGAAAUCGGCCAGAUGAGUUCUAGACGAAGAUGAGUCAAGACUUAUAAAAUAUUCAGGAACUAUAUCACUUGUUUUAUUUUGUUUUGAAACUUUAUUAAUGGAAAACGGUUAACAGUAAUAGUCCCUCAGUGUACUCAUUAGUGGCGAAUGUUAAGUGCUAUUUACAUCUGUCUGUAAUGUAUAAGUGAUGCCUUAUAUCAUUUGGUGGUAGCAUGCGUCUGCCCUUGAGGUCAAUAAAUAGGGAGAGUCUCAUGUUGGCGACACUCGAAGCCAACAGGAAUUGAUUAGCACAGCACUCUGUAGACUCGCCAUAGCAUGCGACACACUUUAUAAUCUCACUUCCUGGUUUUAAUCUGUUGUUUUUAGAUUAAAAAAAAAGAAAAGCAAGCUUUCAUUAGGCUUUAAGUGCUAAUAUAUACUGCAUAUUUCACUCACCUGUUGGCUUUAAUCAGUGUUUCUCGCCAGGAGGGGGCAGUGUUGCCUGCAGCUUUUUUUUUUUUGAUCAUUAGGGGGCAUCAUCGUAGUGAAAUAUAUUUUGUGAUUCAAACACAGUGUCAGUGGAAGACACCAAAAUUACACCCAUGUGAUGGAGGUUAGGAUAUAACCUGUAAAUUGUUUUGUUAAAUCGGGUGAAACUAUCUAACCUGGAAAGAGAAUUCAAGUAAGAGAUGAUCUUAGAUGAUUACUGAUCACUCACAAAUGUCAAGCAACAAACCUCAAGACGUGCUCUGUAACGCAAGAAGAGCGUUGAAUAUAUGUAGAGUGAUGACAACCAAGAUGAUAUUCAGGAACAUAUGUGCACAAUUACUGGUCUGGUUUUGAAUUCUAGCUGUUAAGGGUCAAAUUAUCUAAGAGCUUAAACUUCAAUUCCAUUUCCAGGUGUGGUUUUGCCUUAAAUUUUAAUUAACAGAACGGGAUUAUUAUUCUUUUUCUUUUAAUUAAUUUUUUUUGCAAUGGUAAACGAUGCUGUUGGUAUCAGUUAUAUCAAAGAAUGUUGUAUGCAGGUGCACUUUUAGAAACAUAACUAAUAAAACCCAAGGGAUAUUUUGUUAAGACACAGACACAAAACAAGGAGUCGGUGCAGGGUUUAAUUUCUGUCUUUCAUCAUUUAUAGCACACUGAACAGCUUGAAUCAUAGGUUAACUUCAUACUUCUGCCAUUGCUUUGACUACAGACCAAUUAUGCUUAUUUCUAUGUGAUGUAGAGUGGCAGCCUUUGGGGUUUUGUUGUUAUGAAACUGUACAGAAAAUGUUUAGUGUUAAAUAAAUGUCACUUUCAAUGCG